CUUCUGCCCGCCCAGUGAAGGGUACUGGGGAGCCUCGAGGGUCCCCGUUCUUCCUACUCCAGGCGCGGACAACUCCGCUUGGUGAGAGCAGCUGUAUUCACUGGCGAUUAGAGGUAGAUACCUGUGGUCACCGACGUAGAGCACUUAUUCUACAUUGAUCCAGGCAAAUGUGCAAUACCACCAUGUCUGUGUCUACCGAUGGUGCUGUAAGCACCUCACAGAUGCCAGCUUCGGAACAAGAGACCCUGGUUAGACCAAAGCCAUUGCUCUUGAAGUUGUUAAAGUCUGUUGGUGCACAAAAAGACACUUAUACUAUGAAAGAGGUUAUAUUUUACCUUGGCCAGUAUAUUAUGACUAAACGAUUAUAUGAUGAGAAGCAACAGCAUAUUGUGUAUUGUUCCAAUGAUCUCCUAGGGGAUUUGUUUGGAGUGCCAAGCUUCUCUGUGAAAGAACACAGGAAAAUAUAUACAAUGAUCUACAGAAACUUGGUAGUAGUCAAUCAGCAUGAACCAUCAGAUUCAGGCACAUCUGUGAGUGAAAAUAGGUGUCACCUUGAAGGUGGGAGUGAUCAAAAGGACCCUGUGCAAGAGUUGCAGGAAGAGAAACCUUCAUCUUCAGAUUUGGUUUCUAGACCAUCUACCUCAUCUAGAAGGAGAACAAUUAGUGAGACAGAAGAACAUUCAGAUGAAUUACCUGGUGAACGGCAGAGAAAGCGCCACAAGUCUGAUAGUAUUUCUCUUUCCUUUGAUGAAAGCCUUGCUCUGUGUGUAAUAAGGGAGAUAUGUUGUGAAAGAAGCAGUAGCAGCGAAUCGACGGGGACUCCGUCAAAUCCGGUUCUGUUUGGCACUGGAGUGGUUGUCAAGGUAGAUAUAGAUAUGGUCCCUGCCCUCAUGGGGAGACACAUCAUCAACAAUGAGGAUCUCGAUGCUGGUGUAAGUGAACAUUCAGGUGAUUGGUUGGAUCAGGAUUCAGUUUCAGAUCAAUUCAGUGUAGAAUUUGAAGUUGAGUCUCUCGAUUCAGAAGAUUAUAGCCUUAGUGAAGAAGGACAAGAACUCUCAGAUGAAGAUGAUGAGGUAUAUCGAGUAACUGUGUAUCAGGCAGGGGAGAGUGAUACAGAUUCAUUUGAAGAAGAUCCUGAAAUUUCCUUAGCUGACUAUUGGAAGUGUACUUCGUGCAAUGAAAUGAAUCCUCCUCUUCCACCUCAUUGCAACAGAUGUUGGGCUCUUCGUGAGAAUUGGCUUCCUGAAGAUAAAGGGAAAGAUAAAGGGAAAAUGCCUGAGAAAGCCAAAGUGGAAAACUCAACACAAGUAGAAGAGGGCUUUGAUGUCCCUGAUUGUAAAAAAACUACAGUGAAUGAUUCUAGGGAAUCAUGUGCUGAGGAAAAUGAUGAUAAAAUCACACAGGCCUCCCAAUCCCAAGAAAGUGAGGACUAUUCUCAGCCAUCAACUUCUAACAGCAUCAUUCAUAGCAGCCAAGAAGAUGUCAAAGAGUUUGAGAGGGAAGAAACACAGGACAAAGAAGAAAUCGUGGAAUCUAGUUUUCCCCAUAAUGCCAUUGAACCUUGUGUGAUUUGCCAGGGUCGACCUAAAAAUGGUUGCAUUGUUCAUGGCAAAACAGGACAUCUUAUGGCAUGCUUUACUUGUGCAAAAAAGCUAAAGAAGAGGAAUAAGCCCUGUCCAGUACCGAAUAUAAUGCAUUGAAUAUAAUGCAUUGCGUGCACAGUAGGCAUUCAGUAAAGGAUGGUGACUGGCAAGGAAAAUAGCCGUGUAGUUUUCUGAAAUUUACAAGAGGGGAAAAGACAGUUUUAAAAAACAUCCUGAAAAAAUAUUGUCUGCAAUAUUGCAAUAAAUUACUUCAAUGGCAAAAGAAACAUUCUGAGAACACAGUGGUCUGCAAAAGUUGAUACGGUAUCAGAAUUGUACCAGAAUUGGUAAAGCUUUGCUUAAAAUAUCCCUCUAUGUAAAAGUUCUUCCACCUUUUCUCACAUUUAUUUCCUUCUUUUUUAAGAGGUAUGUGGAGGCGCCUGGGUGGCUCAGUCAGUUAAGGGUCCAACUGCAGUUCAGGUCAUGAUCUUGCAGUGAGUUCGAGCCCCACAUCAGGUUCUGUACUGACAGCUCAGAAUCUGCAACCUGCUUCAGAUUCUGUGUCUCCCUCUCUCUCUGCCCCUCCCCGGCUCACACUCUGUCUCUGCCUCUCUUUCUCAAAAAUAAACAUUUAAACACAUUAAAAAACAGAGGCAUGUGAGAAGACCAAAUCUCUUUAGUUAAGCACUUUUCUAACCACCAGGUGGAAGCAUAGCUCCAGGAGCUCUCUGAAGGCCUCCAUUAACGGAAGGUAGACCCUUAACAGAGUGGACAGAGCCCUCCCGGAACAGAUUGCUGGGCUGGAGAGCAGAGACGUGAGUGAGUUGUGAGUGAGUUCUGCUCUUGGUUGUUAAAACACAAACUUCCCAUCUUGGUCCUAGAGUCCUUCACUAUUCAUCCUUCAGAACUCCCGUGUCCUUGGUCAAUGAGGGAAAACCAUUUUUAAAUUAACUUUGACUUAACCAGGUGUUAUUUCAACAUAAACUCUGGAAAUGUUUAAUGAAUACGUAAGAAGGUGUAACAACUGCCUUUGUAAACUGGUGUUUCUAAAAUUUGAGGUUCUACUGUUUAAAUCAUUUACUUUUCUUAUAAAAAAAAAUAGAAAACUUCUAAAUAAAUAGAAAAUUUUAGGUGUGCCUGGGUGGCUCAGUUUGUUAAGCAUCUGACUUGGGCUCAGGUCAUGAUCACACAGUUCAUGAGUUCAAGCCCCAUGUCAGGCUUUGUGCUGACAGCGUGGAGCCUGGAGCCCACUUCCGGAGUUCUGUAUCUUCCCUUCUCUCCCUGCCCCUCCCCCACUCACUCUCUUAUAAACAUUAAAAUUUUUUUCUUUUAAUAGAAAAUUUCAAAAAAAAGGGGGCGGGGUGGCGCUCCUGGAUGGCUCAGUCAGUUAAAUGUCUGAGCUCCGGUCAUGAUCUUACGGUUCGUGAGUUGGAGCCCCACGUCAGGGUCCGGGCCGUGGAGCCUGCCUCGGAUUCUGUGUCUCCCUCGCUCUCUCUCUCUGCCCCUUCCCUGCAUUCUCUCUCUCUCUCUCUCCCUCUUUCAGAAAAUGAAUAAAACAUUAAAAAAAUUUAGAAAAAUAGAAAAUUUCAAAAAUUAAGUAGGAAGAAAAGCACAUAAUUCUGCCAUCCAAAAAAUGGACUGAUCAUUUUUUUCUUUUUCCCCUGUCUAAUAUUUUAAAAAUUAGCUCAUUUUAAAAUUGUACCUUGCUUUUGGGGGUAGUGGGAAGUAAUGGACCUCUAAGGAGCUGCAAAUUCUGAAAUCUAGUAAAAAUAUUCCAGGGAACUUCUGCCAAAGGGUUCCUAUUAUAAUGAAUUCUCUUUAGAAAAUAGAAAAACUGUUCCCAAUUUGUUUUCUAAUUUGAGAUACUUGUCAAAUUUGAUACUUUUCUAAUUUGAGAUACUUGUUUUCUAACUUGAGAUACUUUUUUGAAAUUCGUACCACUAAACUAGCCAUUUCCUACUCACCUAUGUCUCAUUUAAACUAUUGUUUACGUGUUUCAGAGGGCAAACUUGGGUCCAGCCUCUCUGUCCUUGGCUAGAAAUUUGACAUCAGGGGUUACAGUGAUUAGGGUUAGGGACUAAUUUUCCAGUUCCUAUAGGGGGCAAAUCUUUGUUUAUAACUACGCUCUGUGCUUCAAAAGCACUUUGAAUUCAAAAUUUAUUACUCUGGACAAAAGACUUCCCCCUACAUCAGCAUUUCCCAAAAUGUGUUUGGUAAUCAAGGAAUUUAAGUUCAGAAGGAUGGUACUGGGCUAAAUUAUUUCAAGAAAUGGUUCCCUGGCUAUGUUUGGAAAAUCCAUUUCUUUCCUGCAUUUCUCAUUAAUGUGCAUUCUUAAUUUUGCAGGUUUUUUUUUUUUUAAUCACAAGGGCACAUUUUCAUCUAUCAUCUUCCCCAUGGUAAAAAGUAAUUUGAAAUAUAUAUAAUAGGGUGGGUAUACAUCAUAUCAUAUAUAUAAACCAUCCUGGGGUGACUGGGUUUUGAAGAGUUGCAAUAUUCUUGCUUCAUAAAAAGGUCAUUAAAUUUGGUCUUUCCCAGGCUUUGUCUGGUGGUAAUCAGUUCUGUCCAGUAUGGGGACUUUGUUACACUUGCAGAUUUGUUUUUAAGGUAACGUAAUGAAAAGAAACAGUAUUUUUUGCUUACAUGAAUAUUCUUUAUUGAGUCAGAAAUACUCAAAUUUACUGAAUUCAGAGGUAGUCUUGGCUCUACCCAAUAAACUUUAUUGUCCUAGACAAUUUGUGCAAGUCUUUAAUUACAGUGCAGAAGGUCACUGAGAAAACAUAAAAUUAGCUGUGAAACAUCUGAUAAAAGGCUAUGGAGUAGUUCAUAUGCUAAAGUAGGAUAAAAUGUUUUGUGAGCAAUAGAGCAUCUGCUUAUUAGUGAUAUAAUGUAAAGUCUCUAAUGAAGUUUAACUCUUUCCCUAAACUUCUUAGUUAUUGUGAGGGUAUGUGUGUGUGUUUUGUUUGUUUUGGCUCUUUUAGGUGGGAGGUGGGUAGAAAAUGAUUUUUAAAAGUCAUGAGGAAGAUAUAAAGGAUUGGUCAUAAAAUAGAUAACUAUAUUGUCCCUGCAGAAUAAAAACCAAACUUCUCAAUUAGCAGCUAGCCCUGUUGCAAUGAGACAAUAUACUGUGCUCAUUUUUUCUGGAUUCCUUAGGAAAAUGUAUUUCCAGCCUGGUAUCAGUUAUUUUUACUCUCUAAAGGUAGAGGUAACUUCUUACAACAUUUUAAAAAACAUUACAAAUAAAAUUCUAUUCUGGAGCAAAACACAACAUUGAUUUCUUAGACUUUCAGAAAUGCUGAGAGGAGGCUUUUAACAUUUCUGAUACAUCCAACAGCUCAAGGUUAAAUGUGAUAAGCCCCAGAAUCAACCUUGACACUUAUCUGCAGGGACUUACCAUUUCUCUAAAAUAUUCCCCUCCAUUUAGAUUCAUUCAUGUUAACAUUUAUCAUAAUUUAAGUAGAUACAUGAAAGAAACCUUUGUUACCUUCAUGAGAUUCCUUAAAUAUUAUUAAAUGCUCAUUCUAGCUAACCAGUGAUUGUUUUCAGGUCAAUUCUGUUUAUACCUGGGGGAAGGGACCUGGUCUUUAAUAAGGUAUAUUAUACUGCCUUCAAAAUAUGCCACCUAGUGUUAAUUAUCCUUUCUCUGCCUGGGCAAGUAACAAAAAAUUGCAUCAAAAUAUGGCAUUUUCAUACCACUGCUUUUGAUAGUCACAGACUCAGUCAAGCAGGAGCUUGUACGUUUUACAGGUAAGGAAACUAUGUGGGGUGGGUUUGAAUUCAGAUUCUUGCUUUCUAAUUAAAAUUUCUGUCUUCUGUCUUCUUUUUCUCUCAAAAAUCUUCACCAUGUUGAUUUCUCCAUAAAAAGAAUUAUACCUGAACUCAGAACCUGGGGAUUAUAAUCACCAGUCUAAGAGGGUAAAGAGACAGUAUGGAAGGUGUCAUACAGGGAGAUUUGGGGCUCUGGUCUUAGUUGGAAUGUCAUGGCUGUUUCUCCUCUUGGACAUUUAACUUGGUUAGUGGAGAGUGUAGCUGGGAUUGAGUCAUACUAAACUCUCACUACAAAGUUUACUUUUGAGCACAGCCAUUGCUGCAAAAUAUAUACCCUGAAUGUACUCUGUGUUGAAGGUUUGGUUUAGAUUUGUUUGGAGAGUAUUUUACUUGUUUUACUUGUCUUUAAAUGAUUUUAAGUUUGAUUCUGAUGAAAUUUCUGAUUUUAAAAACAUUAUUUCCUUAAGAAAUUUACACUAAAGCUCAUGAACCACAUCACAUUUUGGUUUAUGUCCCUUUGAAAAUUGGUAUCUUAGAAAAGGAAAAGCUAUGACUCCAAAGGUCUGCUUGAAAAAUAAGGCUUGAUGGUAAAUCGAAUUUUAUGUGCUUUGUAGAAAUCCAAAAUCAUUUUCUGCAAUACAUACUUUCAAGUAUAUAAUAAAUUACGGUUUAUUUAAAUAAAAAUGACCCAGAUAUUCAAGUUAUUACCAGAUUUUAUAAGUGAUAAAAAGACUACAAAUUCUGUUUAGAUUAACAAGUAUGAUUGUGUACAUGUGAAUAAGCUUGGCACAAGAAUAGCUCCUAUGUGCCCAUGUGUCUCCCAUUCACUUGUGGUUCUCAUGCAUUCACCAUACACCAAACCCAACCAGUGUAGUUUCAUUUUCAGAUCCUAUUGAACUUCCAAUUGAAAGACGAAGGCAACUCGCAGUCCAUGAGCAAUACACAGCACUUAGAAACCUGCUCACGGAGUUGCUAUUUUUUGAUGUCCCCCCCCCCCUUAAUUCUU